CCUUGAUUCAUUUUCAAAAUAGGGCAACCUUGGAAACCCUAACAUUAAAACCUAAGUUUACAACUAAACUGCUCGGUCUUGUAAGAAGAAGCCGCAAAACCUCUUAAGACAGACUCUUCUUCAUCCUUGCAGAUUUCGCUAACCGAUUCUGUGAAGAUGUUCUCCGCUCAGAACAAGAUCAAGAAGGACAAGAAUGCCGAGCCGACAGAAUGCGAUGUGCAAGUUGCUCAGGCUUUGUUUGAUUUAGAAAACACUAACCAGGAGUUGAAAAGCGAGUUGAAAGAUCUUUACAUCAACCAAGCUGUUAACAUGGACAUCUCUGGAAACCGCAAGGCUAUUGUGAUUUACGUCCCGUUCAGAUUGAGGAAAGCUUUCCGCAAGAUCCACCCCCGUCUCGUUAGAGAGCUUGAGAAGAAGUUCAGUGGAAAGGAUGUUAUCUUUGUUGCCACAAGAAGGAUCAUGCGUCCACCCAAGAAGGGUGCUGCUGUUCAGAGGCCACGCAACAGGACUCUAACCUCUGUUCAUGAAGCUAUGCUCGAGGAUGUCGCUUACCCUGCUGAGAUCGUUGGUAAACGUACUCGUUACCGUCUCGAUGGAUCCAAAGUCAUGAAGGUGUAUUUGGAGGCCAAGGAAAGAAACAACACAGAGUACAAGCUCGAGACUAUGGUGGGAGUGUACCGCAAACUCACAGGAAAGGAUGUCACUUUUGAGUACCCGGUUGAAGCUUGAUGAUGGACGAUGCUCUGAAGAAUCAUCAUCAUCAUGAUAGAGAAGAGAGGUUUUGAAGAAUCAUCAUCACAAUCUUUAAUGUUACAUUUUAAAAAGACUUCUUGUGUCUGUCCUUUUCAAUUUUGAAAACCUAUUUUAUAGUUCCA